AUGUUGUGGGUCCCGACCGUUACCACUUGUGUGAGUUUUACUGUAUUACCUGAGCGGGGGUGCGAGGAUUGCAAGGAGUACCACAACUCUGAGUGUCCCAACCUGGGCCCCCUCGUAACAGUCAGUGACUCCUUCGUCCUGAGCAGAGCACGGUCUUCGUUGCCGCCCAAUUUGGAGAUCAGGCAGUUGGAGGAUGGAAGUCAAGGGGUCUUUGCCCUGUCUCCGCUGGUAAAGCGCACACAGUUUGGACCCUUCGAAGCCAAAAGGGCCAGCAGCCACCCAGAAAAAGAACCGGGGUUUUCUCUAAAGGUUUUCCAGAAGGACGGAUCGGUGGUUUACUUUGACAAAGCCAACGAGGAGGACUGCAACUGGAUGAUAUUCGUGCGUCCGGCCACGGACGUGAAGCACCAGAACCUCUCGGCCUAUCAGCAGAACGUCGAAGUGUACUUCACAACGUUGCAAGAUGUCCAACCUGGCACUGAGCUGCGAGUCUGGUAUGCUGCUUUCUACGCCAAAAAGAUGGAGAAACCCAUCCUGAAACAAGUGUCCAAAGGGGUGAAGGACGGGAGCUUGGUGCACAUCCAGUGCAAGAACGAAGAGGCCAGGAAGCUUCAGAAAGGUGGCUCCGUGCUACCCUCAUGCGACAAGCACAGUGCCUCUGGGCUCCAGUCUCCCUCUGGAGAUCAGGAGAGCAGCGGCCUGCCCGACGGACAC